ACGUGUCCGAAAAUGGACGAGAAGAAAAGUUGGGAUUUCGAUGACCUACUGCCCUUUGUAGGCGAAUUUGGACGGUACCAGAAGUUGCUUGUGUGGCUGGUUUGCCUUCCGGCAUGCAUUCCUUGCGGAUUUCACGCUUUUAAUCAGCUCUUUAUGGCCAACGUUCCCGACCACUGGUGCAAAAGUCCGCCGGAUGUGGAUUCCCAAAACUGGAAUUCCAGCGAAUGGAAGAUGACCAACAUUCCUUACACGGUAAAUGAUGGAGUAAUGGAGUUCAGCAAAUGCACCAUGUACAAUUUUACGGAAUCGGCCGACGGCAAUAACGUUACCGAGUGCCUGUACGGAUGGGAAUUUGACAAGUCCAUCAUUUCUUCGUCGAUUGUCAUUGACUUUGAACUAGUUUGCACUCGUAAUCUUUACCCGACGAUUGGACUUUCACUGUUAAACGUCGGAGGCAUCAUUGGCGUUUACAUUUUUGGUGUUAUUAGCGACAGGGUUGGAAGAAAGACGUCGUUCUUUCUUUGUCUGAGUGUCGAACUCGCCGGUGGAAUACUCACAGCACUUGCUCCUAAUUUUUGGCUUUGGGCCGCUUGCCGGUUUAUGGUUGGAAUUACAAUUCCGGCCAUCUAUCAAAUUCCAUUCAUCAUAGCCUUGGAACUAGUCGGCCCUACCUAUCGGACCUUUAUCACCGUCAUGACCUGUCUAUUCUACACGAUGGGUAUGUUACUCCUGUCUGGAGUAGCUUAUGUUGUCCGAGACUGGACCCAUCUCUGCUACGCAACUACCCUUCCGUUUCUCGUCUUUUUCAUCUAUCUCGUAUAUCUGCCAGAAUCUCCUCGAUGGUUAAUGUCACAAGGUCGUUUUGCCGAAGUGAAAGCUAUAAUGAAGACCUGCGCCAAGAUUAAUGGCAAGGAAUUUCCCGAGCAUUUGUUACCACAACUGGAAAGAAAAAUGACCGAAAACCGCAAUUCGAGUUUGACACGAAAAACGGCCCCAAAAGAACCCCACAAGGUCGUAGGCGUGACCAGUUUGUUCCGCACUCCGAAUAUGCGGCUUAAAACUAUACUCAUCACUUUCAAUUGGUUCGCCAACAAUACGGUUUAUGUUGGGUUGAGUUAUUACGGACCAGUGAUGGGUAGCGAUGAAUACUUUUCCUUCUUUCUCUCCGGAUUGGUGGAGAUCCCUGGCUAUCUCUUCUGUUGGGCCGUCAUGGAUCGCUGGGGGAGACGUUGGCCGCUCUGCAUGCUAAUGGUUGUUGGCGGACUCUUUUGCGUUGCCACUGUCUUGAUGCCGGCGGAAGCUGUUAACGAGACAUUAAUCCUUUAUUUGAUCGCAAAAUUCGCUAUCGCCGCAAGUUUUCUCAUUCUGUAUCCUUUUGCUGGAGAACUCUAUCCGACCGAGGUUCGUGGCAUCGGUAUCGGCUUCACCGCUUAUCUGGGGGGUCUCGGUUUAGCCGUCAUUCCAUUCGUCAAUUAUUUAGGUUCGGAAAUGCUAGUUUUACCUUUAGUUGUCAUGGGCAUCAUCUCGGCUAUCGGAGGUGUAGUAGGAUUACGCCUUCCGGAGACUCUACACAAGAAGUUACCGCAAACGAUGGAAGAGGGCGAGGAGUUUGGCAAGGAUUUCGGUAUGAGAGAUUGCCUACAAUGCAUCCCUGACAAGGCUGACGAGUCAAUUGAAAUGCAUGAAAUGUCGGGACCCGUCGACAAUGAAGAGACGCCUCUUCGAGUGGAGAACACUACCCCUUUGUCGACACCCCUGGCGAAUCGAAAAUCAAUGCGCAAGCUUCUAGUCCACCGAAUGAGCUCGCUAGAGCUACCAGUCGACAAAUCCGGAUUAGUUAAAUUACAUUAUUGGUAUUAACUCGUUUCGUCUGUAUUCACAUCACUCUUAUUGCCAGGCUUUGAAAGGUUCAAGUACAAAAUUGAGUUAAUUGCA